GACACACACGAAGGCGUCGCGUCAGAACUCGGGGAGUCGAAGCUGUGGAGUUGAAUGCUAUCGCCACUGGAGUGGCGAGAAAGAGAGAGAAUCAGUGUGUAUUGCGUUGUGUCAGCAAUUUGCAGCAUAUUGUGACGGGAAUUCAGUUGAGGUUUUGAUUGACGUAAAGACAACGGGAUGUCAAGCAGCGCGGACGAAUGUAAACUGAAGGGCGGUCAUCCCCCGGCAGUAAAAGCGGGUGGUAUGAGGAUAACACAACACAAGAAGGAUGAACGCGAGACAAAGCCUAGCAAAGAUGUCGAGGAGAGCAGGCCGUCUAGCAGUCCGCCAAAAACAAUAAUGAUCAGCGGCGCUCCGGCCAAAGGAAACGCAGAUUUUCCACCAGAAGCUGUACAACACUUUCAUGAGAAACCCAUACCGACUCAUGACGCACGGCCGGCGCAUUGUUCGCGCCCCAUUAUUAUUCAGCAGCCUAGAAAGUGAGCCGUACCUCGAGAGCUGUGCACCGUACUAGUGGAUCUUGUUCCACAGUCACCCGUUAAAUUUACAAAAAAAAGAAUAAUUAUACAUAUAUAUAUAUAUAUAUAUAUAUAUAUAUAC